UUCUGGGCUUGAAACCCCGGUGCGGCCUGCGUUGCGGUCCUGCUGGGGCGCCUUCGAACCUGCUUCGGAAACAUUAGGAGAAGGUGAUUUCCAAAGCCAAUUAUGAAAACAUUUGUCGUUGGAAUCGGUGGGGUGACAAAUGGUGGGAAAACAACACUGGCAAAGAACUUGCAGAAACACCUUCCCAACUGCAGCAUAAUAUCUCAGGAUGACUUCUUCAAGCCAGAGACUGAGAUAGACAUAGAUGAAAAUGGAUUUUUGCAGUAUGAUGUGCUUGAAGCACUUAACAUGGAAAAGAUGAUGUCAGUCAUUUCCUGUUGGAUGGAAAAUGCAGGACACUCUGCUGGACCAGCAGCCUUGGAAAGUGCUCGAGGGGUUCCCAUUCUAAUUAUCGAAGGGUUCCUUCUCUUUAAUUAUAAGCCACUGGACACCAUAUGGAGCAGAAGCUACUUCCUGACCAUUCCAUAUGAAGAAUGUAAGAGGAGGAGGAGUACAAGAGUGUAUGAGCCUCCAGAUCCUCCAGGGUACUUUGAUGGCCACGUGUGGCCCAUGUACCUAACGCACAGACAAGAAAUGAACGCCAUCACCUGGGAGAUUAUUUACUUAGAUGGAACAAGGUCUGAAGAGGACCUCUUUUCUCAAGUGUUUGAAGAUAUCAAGCAAGAGUUAGAGAAGCAAAAUGGUAAAUAUUGUUCUAUCAAAUUGUGUGGUGGAGAAGAAAGAAUCUUAACCACAAUUCAUUACAUUCCAAGUGUGCACAAUGUGAAGCAUGGAAGCAUGAAGAAGGGCUGUGCAAACUUCAGCCAAAAGAAAGGCAACAUCUAUUUCAGGACACUGCCGAGCUGUCACACACUCAAAUGUUACUUGCUGGGAAAAUGUGUUACUACAAGAAAAAGCUCAAGCCACGGGUCAGCAUUUCUAUUGGGACUUCCCAUCUGCCACCUGGGCAGCCUUCUGGCCACAGUGCUAUACAGUCGCUUGUCAAAGCUCAAUGGCACUUCUCAGGAAGAAUUAGAAAAACAGAAGUGGCAUCUUCUGCAAUAA